AUGAAUAAUCAACCUUCUAUUCAGCACCAAAGGACCACCAAGGGGUCACCAAGGGGCCACCAAGGGACCACGAAGGGGUCACCAAGGGACCACCACGGGACCACGAAGGGGUCACCAAGGGGUCACCAAGGGACCACCAAGGGGUCACCAAGGGACCACCAAGGGGCCACCAAGGAGUCACCAAAGGGUCACCAAGGGGCCACCAAGGGGUCACCAAGGGACCACCAAGGGGCCACCAAGGGACCAUCAAGGGACCACCAAGGGAACACCAAGGGAACACCAAGGGGUCACGAAGGGGUCACCAAUUGGCCACCAAGGGACCACCAAGAGACCACCAAGGGGUCACCAAGGGACCACCAAGGGAACAUCAAGGGACCACCAAGGGACCACCAUGGGAACAUCAAGGGACCACCAAGGGACCACCAAUUGGCCACCAAGGGACCACCAAGGGGUCACCAAGGGGCCACCAAGGAAACACCAAGGGGUCACCAUGGGAACAUCAAGAGGUCACCAAGGGGUCACCAAGGGACCACCAAGGGGUCACCAAGGGGUCACCAAGGGUCCACAAAAGGGACCACCAAGGGGUCACCAAGGGACCACCAAGGGGUCACCAAGGGACCACCAAGGGGUCACCAAGGGAACACCAAGGGACCACCAAGGAGUCACCAAGGGACCACAAAAGGGACCACCAAGGGACCACCAAGGGGUCACAAAAGGGACCACCAAGGGGUCACAAAAGGGACCACCAAGGGGUCACCAAGGGACCACCAAGGGGUCACCAAGGGACCACAAAAGGGACCACCAAGGGACCACCAAGGGACCACCAAGGGGUCACAAAAGGGACCACCAAGGGGUCACAAAAGGGACCACCAAGGGACCACCAAGGGGCCACCAAGGGACCACCAAGGGGCCACCAAGGGACCACCAAGGGGCCACCAAGGGACCACCAUGGGACCACCAAGGGACCACCAUGGGACCACCAAGGGGCCACCAUGGGACCACCAAGGGGCCACCAAGGGACCACCAAGGGACAACCAAGCGACCACCAAGGGACCACCAAUGGGUCACCAAGGGACCACCAAGGGACCACCAAUGGGUCACCAAGGGGCCACCAAGGGAACACCAAGGGGUCACCAUGGGAACAUCAAGAGGUCACCAAAGGGUCACCAAGGGACCACCAAGGGGUCACCAAGGGGUCACCAAGGGACCACAAAAGGGACCACCAAGGGGUCACCAAGGGACCACAAAAGGGACCACCAAGGGGUCACCAAGGGACCAUCCAUUGGAUAA